ACCAGCAGCCUCACGCUAAGGAUACAGAAAAGCAUUGAGGAGCAUCGCUCUGCGCAUGGAGACCUCAGGAACCACCAGCGGGGUGGGAUUCGGGUAUGCGGGGAUAAUGAUGAGGGAACUGGGCGCCAUGAGGAAGUGCUGAAGACGGGUGACGAGGUGGGGAUCGGAUGGGCAGCAGGUACGACUCGUCAAGAAUCGGACGGACGAGUAACGACGACGAAGACAGCGGAGACAAGAACGACAACACCACCGACGACGACGACGACGGAAGCGAGUCGUCUCGAAGUGGGAACGGCUCGGGUUUUGGGUUUAAUCAUUAUUAUGGGGAUGGAAGAAGAGGAGGGCCUUGCUUUGAUCAACAUGGCGGACAACAAAGCCCUGGUGCUGUAGCGCGUUCGGCACGGAGCAACAUGGAUCAAAUGCAAAACUCGCACGAAGAGUACCACAAUCAUCCGUACAACCACUAUCCGAACUACCGGGCCGCCUACGUGGGGACUGGAUACGGGAUGAUGAGCCCGUCGCGGCAAGGAAACGCCAUGGGCCCGGGGAGCAGUUCGGCUACAGCCGCCGCAGCUGCUGCCGCCGCCGCUGCAGCCGCCGCGGCCGCCUCUCACGCUCACGGCAAAGCCGCUAUGGCUUCACCGUCCGCCUCGUCUCCUGCUGCAAACGUCGGCGGCUUUCAGAGGUUUCCCCCGGGCCAGACUCCGCAUCAUCCGCCGCAGCAGCCUCCUCAUCCGCAGCAGCACCCAUCGGGCUCCACGCCGACUUUAAACCAGCUCCUGACCUCCCCGAGCCCGAUGAUGCGCGGCUACACCGGCGCCUACCAAGAUUACAACAAUAAUCCCCCGGCGCAGCAGCAGCAGCAGGCGGGCAUGGGGCUCGGCAAAGACAUGGGCUCCCCGUACGGCUCCGCAAGCCACUCCUGGGGGGCACAACAAAGAAACCACCCGGCCAUGAGCCCUGGGAAUAACGGCCAAGGAAGCAACCGAGCACAGGUGGCACCCAUGGACACGAUGGCCAUGAAGCGCUCGCAGCUCUACAGCAUGCCCAACAGCCCUUAUUCUCAACAGCAGCAGCAGCAGCAGGCAGGUGGAGCCUACUCUGGCCAGGCGUACGGCGCUCCCGCCCCUCACCGAUAUCCAAUGGGAAUGCAGGGGCGUGGCCAAGUUGCAAUGGGAGCCAUGCAGUACCAUCAACAACAGGUCCCGGCGCAGUACGGACAGCAGGGCACGGGGGGAUACUGCCAGCAGGGUCAGCCUCCGUAUUUCAGCCCUCCUCAUCAGCAGCCUGCAGCUCCGUCACAGCCUCCCUACAUGCAGCCUCGAGCUCCACCACAGCAGGACGCUCCUCAGGAGGCGUACGGCAGCAGAGCCCAGCCCUCUAUGCCUCCUGGGAAACCCAACCACAACGAGAUGGGCCUGAAUCAGCAAGAGCGGCCAUCCAGCCUUCCGGACCUGUCUGGCUCUAUAGACGACCUGCCGACGGGAACAGAGGCAGCACUGAGCUCGGCCGUCAGCGCCUCGGGCUCCACCAGCAGCCAGGGCGAGCAGAGCAACACGGCACAGUCCCCGUUCUCCCCUCACGCCUCGCCACGUCUCACUGGCCUGCGCAGCGGACCCUCGCCCUCUCCGGUCGGCUCACCUGUGGGCUCCAGCCAGUCACGAUCCGGACCCAUAUCACCUGCCAGUGUGCCAGGUACACAGAUGGCCCCACAAACCCCAGGGAAUGUAUCAGAUGUGGCCUCUCAUUCCACCCUCAGCCAGUCACCCAUGUCUCAGGAGAGGGGAUUUGCUUCCAACCUGCAGCGCAGUGGCCCCGGCCCUCAGUUUGCCCCCCAACAGCAUGGGCCUCCCAUGUCCCCUCACCCGUCCCCAGGAGGCCCCAUGCACCACAGCGUGGGCUCUUACCAGCAGGGCGGCCCCGGAUAUGGCCCCCAGAGUGGGCAGUACGGUCCUUCAGGUAACUACCCCCGUCUACCCAGCUACGGUGGAGCCCCAGGCCCCAGCUACAGCGGCCCCGGACCUGGCAUGAGCCUGGGCAUGAAUGCCAGCAGCCCCAUGCAUGGCCAGGGCCCGGGACAGCCUUGUGGCUCGAUGCCCGCUGCUCGGGGUCCCGCUCAGCCGGGGGGAGGGCGCCCAUACCCAGCAGGCUCCAGCGGUGCGGCACCCACGUCUCCCAGCAUGCCUCAGUCUGCAGGGCCCGGCAUGGGCCCCCCUCCACCAACAGGCAUCCGGAAACCCCACGACAGCGGCGCUGCUCCUUCACCACAGAACCCCCACGCACCCGGACCGGCCAGGUCAGGCGGGUACCCAGGUGGGCCCCCGAUGGGCGGGAUGGGUCCCGGAGGUUCCUACAACCCACCUCAAAAUGCUAACUCGAGCCGGAUGAACCUCCAGGGUCCCCCUUACAGCACCAUGCCUUCGGGACCCAUGCCCAUGGGUCUCGGCGACGGCAUGCCUCCCACCGAGCCCAAACAGAGAGCAGAGAAGGAAGAAGGCGGCCUGGCUGUCAAAGAACCGCCCAAAGCAAAGGACAGCUCCAGCUCCCACUGUGUGUCUCAGCCCCCCACCCCGUCUCCCCUGUCCCCCAGUCCUGCUAGUCUGUCCUCUAAUCACGGCGAUGACAGUGACAGCAUUAGCAGUCCAGCCUGGCCAAAGACCCCCACCAGCCCUAAGCCGAACUCGGCCACCAUGACAAACGAGAAGAUCACACGCCUGUAUGAGAUGGGGAACGAGCCAGAGAGGAGGGCAUGGGUGGACCGUUACCUGGUCUUUAUGGAGGAGAGGGGCACACCUGUACCCAACCUACCUGCUGUAGGCAAGAAGCCCCUGGACCUGUGUCGCCUUUACCUGUGUGUGCGUGACAUCGGAGGUCUGGCCAUGGUGAAUAAGAAUAAAAAGUGGCGCGAGCUCUCCACACUUCUGAACGUGGGAACGUCCAGCAGCUCAGCUAGCUCUCUGAAGAAGCAGUAUAUCCAGUACCUGUUUGCUUAUGAAUGUAAGGUGGAGCGUGGUGAAGAACCUCCACCAGACGCCUUCAUUACUGACAGCAAGAAGCAGCAGCAGGCCAAGAUCCAGCCGCCAUCGCCGGCAAACUCUGGCUCUCUCCAGGGCCCCCAGACUCCUCAGUCUACAGGCAGCAGCUCCAUGACCGAGAUGCCUGGGGAUUUAAAGCCCCCGACACCGUCCUCUACUCCACACAGCCAUAUGCCCCCUCAGCAAAGUGGCAGAAACAGUGGCGUCAGCUUGCAGGAUCCGUUCUCCGACAGCAGCGAUCCAGCUUUCCAAAAGCGAGCCAACGUCCCACCUGGUAUGAUGUACCAGCAGGGAGGAGGGGGCAUGGAGGCACGAAUGCAAUAUGAUGCCAAUAAGGAGCCCUAUGGAGGUCAAAGGAAAGGUGGCAGCGACUCAUUCAUGCCAGGGCCAAUGCCCAGCAGUGGCAUGCAGGACAUGUACCCACGAGGACCCCAGGGCAUGGGAAUGAGAACUCAGUACCCAUACAGCCAAGGCUUUGAGCGAAGGCCUGAUCAAGCCAUUGGCCCAGAUGGUGGAAUGGUCCCUCCUGGAAAUCAAAACAUUAUGCCUUCCAACAGUGAUCCGAACAUGUAUCAUGGCAAUAGAUUUCCAUCACAACAGAGGCAUGGUCAUGAUGGUUAUGGACAGCAGUAUCCUCAAGGCAUGCAGUAUGGCACACAUGGAAUGUACCCACAGCCACAGGGCUAUAAGAGACCUGGUGAAGGGAUGUAUGUGCCUCCCACAAAACGACAUGAGGGGGAAUCUUAUGGCAUGCAGUUUAGUGGCCAGCAGCCAGAUAUGUAUGGGCAGUAUGGUGGAUUUCCAGAGCGAAGACCUAUGCAGGGACAGUUCCCAUACCCAUAUAACCGUGAACGCAUGCAGCAUGGGGGACAGGGACCUCCUCAGCAUGGCAUGAUGGGUGGAGGACCAUCCUCCACUCCCAGUGGAGGCCCCCCUCAAGGUAACAUGUGGCACCCAAGGACCGACAUGGGUUACCCUUACCCCAGCAGACAAGGCCAUGGGCCAUACCCCUCCAUGAGUCGUGCAGAUGACCCUGAGGGCAGGCCAAAUCAGGACAGUCAGUGGACAAAUCACCCGGGUCAGCGUCAGUCGCCUUAUCCUUCUCAGUCUUCUGCAAGCUCCAUGCCACCUAUUACAAACCGCCAGCCUCCGUCCUCUUACCAGUCUCCUCCAGCCAUGCCAAAUCACAUCGCCCGUGCACCAAGUCCAGCACCUUUUCCCAGACCCAUGGGAGGUUCCAUGUCCCCCAAUAAAACACAUUUGAUGGCACCAACAAAGAUGCCAAAACCAGGGGUUCCCGGGUCUAUGCCAGGCUCUCAGACUGGUGGGGUUCCGGAAGGCCUCCCCCCCACACACCGGGAAAUCAGCUUUCCACUGGAUUCCGUUGAGGCUACACAGCCUCAGGUAAAGCCUCGCCGAAGAUUAACCUCCAAAGACAUCGGGACACCAGAGGCCUGGCGUGUGAUGAUGUCUCUGAAGUCCGGUCUGCUAGCAGAGAGCACUUGGGCUUUGGACACCAUAAACAUUCUGCUAUAUGACGAUAAUACAGUGUCAUCUUUUACCUUGUCGCAGUUGCCAGGUUUCUUGGAACUGAUAGUCGAAUAUUUCAGAAGAUGCUUGAUUGAGAUCUUUGGAAUCCUGGAAGAAUAUGAAGUGGGUACCGAAGGCCAAAAGACACUUCUCGGCCCCCUCCCAGAUCCAGCAGAAAAAGAGAAAUUGGACCAUCAGGAACAAGCCAGUUCAAAUACUGAGCAAGUAGACAAGAAGCCGGAAGCAGUGUCCCAAAAGUGUGUCAUCAGCAUCACAUCUGGAGCGGACGCCCUUGAGACAAAGCCAGAAGUAAAAGUCGAGCAGGAGAAGGACGGACAAAAAGAAGACUGUCCUUCCACAGAACCCAGGCCUAAACAAGCUAGCAAGUAUGACAGAGUGCCAGUAAAAGUGGAAGAGCAAGAGGCAAUCGCAGACCUAGUGGAAGACCGAUCAGAACAGCUGGGCUUGGCUGGAGAGUUUACCAGUGGGCUGCUUCACUGGAAGGCUGGCGGAGGAGACUCCACCGCCCACAUCCAGACCUACUUUGACAGAAAAUACGGGGAGACAGAAGCUAAACCAGUAAAGACCAGUACAGACCUUGAGGAGUUUAGAGAACGAGACAUCAAUGAUUCCAGUCAGGAGGAAUUAUCUCAUAAGCAAGACCAGGAUGUCCCAGAUAAGAGUCUGACAGCCACAGGAGAUGAUCCCGGAUCUCCGGCAGAGAGCGGGGCUAAAGAAACCACCUCGCAGAGCAGGGAGAAUCCAUGCAGUAUUGCCCAGCUGGAAGAUGAACCACGUUGCUGGGACGAGGCACCACUGUCCACAGCCGAAGACUGGCAGGAUGAGGUGGCUAAACGCUGCAUAUGCAUUUCCAACAUAGUCCGUGGCCUGUCCUUUGUCCCAGGUAACGACACGGACAUGGCGCGGCAUCCAGGGCUGGUACUUAUACUUGGCAAGCUGGUCCUCUUGCACCAUGAACACCCAAAGAGGAAGAGGACACCCCUUACCUACCAGCGUGAAGAGGAAAGGAGUCUGGCUUGUAGCAAGGAUGAGUGGUGGUGGGACUGCCUCGGUGCUUUGCACGAGAACACCUUGGUGACCUUGGCCAACAUUUCGGGGCAGCUCGAUCUGUCGAUCUACCCUGAGAGCAUCUGCUUACCCAUCCUGGAUGGCCUUUUGCACUGGAUGGUCUGCCCGUCAGCCGAGGCCCAGGACCCUUUCUGCACAGCCAGCGGCUUCUCUUCUCUCACACCGCAGAGGCUGGUGCUGGAGUGCUUGUGCAAGCUGAGUAUCCAGGACUGUAACGUGGACCUGCUGUUAGCAACGCCACCUUUCAGCCGCCAGGAGCGCCUCUUCACAACGUUAAUGCGUCACGUGGGCGAACGGAAGAGCCAGGUGUGCCGAGAGAUGGCCGUGGCCGUCCUUGCCAACCUGGCGCAGGGAGAUCCCGUGGCCGCACGUGCCAUUGCACUUCAGAAGGGCAGCAUCGGGACCCUGAUAGGGUUUUUAGAGGACAGUCUCGCCAUGGCACAGUUUCAGCAGAGCCCUCAUAGCCUGCUGCAUGCAGGACAUCCGAGCCACCCCGAGCCACCCAGCAUCAACAUGAUGUGCCGGGCUGCUAAAGCUUUAAUGGCGAUCGCUCAGGUUGAGGAGAACCGGCCAGAGUUCGUGUUGUACGAGAGCCGCCUGCUGGACAUCACCCUGUCAUCCGUGCUGAACUCUGGCGUGGCAGCCAUUUUGUGCGAGGUUCUGUUUAAGCUGGGUCGAUCGUGACACGAGCCUGGCAGCCCUGAAAAUCAGUGGGACAAGCCACACAGAUCGAGAUCGUCUGUGUUAUAUUUUUAUUUAAAUAAAACGAAAAAGACAAAAAAUGUUUUUACUUAAACGGUUAUAUAGAGAAUAUAUAUAGCUCCUCUACCCCCUUCUUUUUUUCAUUUUGGAUUUUUAAAUGAUUUUAAUACAAAUAUUUAAUAUUUCAUGGUGUUUUCUAUUUUUUUUUGUUACUUUUUUGUUCUGUUUCAACCAAAGUUGGCAUCUGAUAGAUACUGUAUUAGUUAAAAAAAAAUUGCUCUUAAGAUUUUAUUUUCUUUGUUUGUGGCUGUUUCUGGUGGGACUAUGUUUAUUUGGGGAUGCACAUUUAUUUAAAAAUUGUGAGAUGUGUUGUAGAUAGAACUUCUCUUGCAAUGUGUUAAAAAAACAAAACAAAACAAAAAAAAAAAACACUGAUUUACUCAAGAUAUACAUGUAUCCAGCUCUAUAAAGCAUUGUGCAAUAGGGAAUAGAUGGCUUGUUGGAGGGAUUACCAAAUGUGAAUGACUCUUUACCACAGGCAAUAUUCAAAUCUGAUAACCAGUAUUGCACUGCGCAACCACACCAGUAUGUGAGGGUAAAGUGAGAGCUGUUCUUUUUCGUUCGUUUUUUUCUUUCUUACUCUCUUCCACCAGUAUGACCACAGGAUCAACAGUCAAAACUAUAAAGCGCUUGUUACCACUUCUCUUCAU